AUGGACUCCGAUCCGCCGCUUCCUUCUCCACCACGGUACAGCCGCAAGAUAAAAGUGGCCAGGGAAUCGACGGGAACCCGUUCUCCUUUCCCAUAUAUAUCGUCCGCCGCUUCGAAAUCGAAUCUGGACAGGUUUCUAGGCAGCAGUGGGACGCUAUCGAGUGACCCGCCGCUCUUCUCAAGCGACGACUUCCAAUCGUCGGCGUUGGAGAAUUAUGAUACCAACACGACGGCAGACGCUCAAGCUAACUCGUCCGAGGAAGCAACUGGCAGAAAACGUCGGUACAGGGGGACGUGGUGGGGACAGAAGCUGGGAAGUGAAUUGCAGCCUAAGAAGAAUAAGAGGACGAAGAGGACCGGGUUCAAGAAUAAGAGGAACAUAGACAGUGGUGUCUGGCUGGGGAGUGCUGAUACCGUCGAAGAUGGUGACGAGUCUGCCGCCCUGUUUACCUGCGGCUCGGAUGAUUCUGUGUUUUGUGAAGGAGUUGGGCUGCCCACUGGUCGUCGUGAUGCUGCUGCUGCUACCACCGGCCGUGCCAGUGCGUCUCGAUCAUUUCCCUUGCCCGGACCAGCACACAAGCCUAGAGAUGGGAGUGACAAGAGUUCAGUAGCCAAGGGGAAUCGAACGAUUGAAUCUGAGGCCCAUACCAAGGCUAGGCAGAUCAUCAACACAUGUCUGGAUGAUGGGAAUGACAGAGUUGAUCUCUCAUACCUGGACAUGAAGACAGUUCCAUCCCAUAUUCUGCCCCCUCUAACACAGUUAACCAAGCAGCCAACGGUGCUGGAACACGGGAAUUCAAUCCAGAUAUUUAGUCCGCUAGAGCCGUCUCUCCAACUAUACCUUACACGCAACUCACUUACCUAUGUUCCGAAGGAGGUAUUCGACCUGUGGAACAUACGGUUUCUGAGUCUUCGACAGAACAAGCUGACAGAAAUACCCGGCGCAAUUCGCAAGCUUAUCCUCCUUCAAGAGCUGAAUGUAGGAGGGAACAAACUGCGGUAUCUGCCGUGGGAGAUUAUAGGGUUGAUGCAAGGACGUGGAGCGUUGAAAAACCUCACCCUGUAUCCGAAUCGAUUCCUUCGCAUGGAUGAGUCGGAAAUUGUUCAAUGGCAUGUCAACACCGCAGUGGGCGGGAUCGUGGCUCUGGAUCCUAAUACUCGCGAAGGCGAAGCGGAUUACAACACCCCAGCCAUACCCAGCUCUAAAGAUGACAUGAUAGAGGAAUGGAAACCGAUUCACGUCGCUACUAGCGCCGCUGAAUAUCUCGAUAUGGAAGGUCGUCCCAUGGGUAGACGGCGAACAACACCAACAAAUACCCCGUCUCUUCGUGAUUUGGCUUUGAAAGCAUGCUCUCGCUCUCCGAAUCUCUCACGGUUCCUGGAAGAAGACGAGCAAAAUACCCACUCCCCAGCAUCCGGGAUCUCCUCGUCAUUACCAUCAACUAGUGCCAACGCCCAUUAUCAGGACCCAAUAGUUCGACUACUCACCUUCGCAAACGAGGUCAGACAAACGGGCGAAAAGGUCUGCUCCGUAUGCAGCAGGUCACGUCUCCAGUUUGUUGUUGGAUAA